AAAAUAACUCAACGUAAUUUGGUCGUUGACUGUGGUGAAAUAGAUGAAAUAAAUGAAUGAAUUUCAUACACUGGUUUGUUUUGAGGUUUCUACUACUGUAACAUCUGGAUUAUAAAGGUGAUUCACUCCACAAACGUUCGGAUUUAUAAUUCUUACGUGGCAGCAACUAAAUUGGCACAGAUUCAUAUAAUUGACGGUAUCCGGACUGCGAUUCAGUGACAGCAAUUAGACACACGUACAUAUAAUAUACGGUACCCGGAUUACGGUUCCAGUGGCAGCAACCAACUUAACACACAUCUAAAUGUGACAACAGACAUAACAGUCAAUAUGAUUAUAAGCACGGUGAAUUUUGUGAACAAUUAUAAAUUCAGUGACUUUAUCCUUGACAAAAUCACAGAAGAGCAGAAAAUAAUAGAUGAAGAAAUUAAGACAGCCUCGAAAAGACAUUCAUUGUGUUUACCGGUAUCUCCUAAGGAGGUAGACUUCGAAUGUCGGAAGAGGUCCUCGUUAAGAGUAAGACAUUCAGGAGAAAUAACCAAGUCACCAAGACAAAGAGAUGCAGACAAACAUCCGGUGAUUACCAUAGAAACUACGGAUGAGUUCCGGUUAGCAGCUGAUCCAACUAGUCUUCAUGUAGCUCUGAAAAAGUCGAAAGAUUUAACAGAAAAUAAUGUGUUCAGAAAAAUAGAUUUUGGUCCCGACCCUGAAGGUCAUGGGCGUUUGAAUGUGUUCCAACUCCAUAGCAACCCAUCGUAUUACUUAGCAACAACAAACUUACGUCAUUUAGAGCUACAGAGCUAUUGUGACGACACAUUAGAUCUAGAAUGCCCGGAUGAGAGGUUUUUCCGCUGUUUCCACUCACAGUACGGUGUAGAGUUAGUUCAACCAUUUGCGCACAAAGGGUACUACAUCCACCACAUUGACGAUUUUAUCAACGUGAGGAAGUUUGAAUUGAACUUCCGGCCUCCAGAGGAAUUCUUCUUCAACUUUGAAAUUCAGUCUACACAAGAAAUCCUGCAAAUAGCAUCCACCAAAAAUGUUCCAACAGAAAGUUCUUCGAGUACCUUGCGUGCGGGUAAUGACGUCAUGUCCGGUGCAGCGGGGUGUGACAGCCAAUCAAAUUCAUUAACGAGAACAGUCGUUCCUGAUAUUUCAAAAUCAAGUUUAAAGAGAAAAGACUCUAAAAAGAUGAAAAAUAAAACGAAAGACAGUCCAAUCACACCAAAGAGCGGAAUGUUAAGCUGUUUUGGUCUGAAAAGUUUAAAGAAAAAGAAAGACAAAAGCAAGAGGUGACAGUGAUACGAAUUAAAUUUGUUAAAAACAACAGUAUUUUAAUGUACAUAGCAACACGUUUGUCUGUAAUUUAUUUAUUUAUGUUGUUGUUUGUUUGUUUAUUUAUUUAUUUCAAUAUUUUUUAAGUUUUGAGCAUUGAUCAAUACUUCCAAUGGAAGCUUUUUUUCAUGGAUUCUUUUUUAAAAGAAAACAAUGUAUUGUUUAUGUAUAUGCAUGUAUGUAUAUAUAUUUACUGUUUUAUCACCGGAACAUAUUACUGCAUUUUAAACUCAAAGCUGUAUAUGACUUUAAUACUCAUAAUUCUCGUUUUAUAAAGACAUAAUUUCUUAAACCUUGAUCAAAUUAAAUGUUUUAAAUUUAAAAAAAAAUGAAAAAAAGUUUAAUAAAAGGGUUAUGCUAUAUAUCUAUAUAGAUUUUAAUCCCAGAAAAUUAAUUUGCAUAUGUAUAUGCGUGCCUGGAACUAGUGGGCUAUCCUUUGGCUUAAAAAAGAAAUAUUUUCAUUUCUCAAAUUAAAUACCGUUUUGGGCAUAUUCAAUAACAGGAUAUAGGAUAUGGGAUAACUCGUAUAUAGGAAGUCACUUAAGGUUAUUGAACUUCUGUAUUCAACAGUCAACCAGUGCAUUUUAUGGGGAAAAACAAAUUAUUAUCAAUCCCUGUUGAAAAGUAAUAUUGCGACUUUGGAUGACAAUUUAAUCUUCUGACCAACGCAAUACAUCUUAAAAUUGUCAUUUAUUUUUAAUCCUAUUUGAAAUAAUUCAUUCUGAUAAAAAGUACAGACAAAAUACGUUGGUGGUUGAAUUUUUUCUGUAAACAGGCUGUGAACCCUUAAGAUUUAAACUUAGUCAUUCUUGUUUUGUUUUUGUGAGAAUGAUAUAUCUUGUUACAUUUUGCUAUUGUGUUUUUGAAAGCGAUCUAUAACAUUUACCAAUUUACCAUUCACUUGUGAAUAAUUACGUACGGAUUCUGUCUAUACAUCACAGUAGUAGCCCACUUUUGAUAUGGUGUUGUAAUAUUUGACGUCAUCAAUCGUGAAUUCAUUUUCUUAAAUAUAUAUGACAUAAUGUAAAAUCAUUUUGUACAAUACGACGUCAUUUAUCGUAAAAUCAUUUUGUAAAUAUGACGUCUCUGUGUGAAAUCAUUUUUUAAAAAUACGACGUUAUUUGCCGUAACAUCAUUUUAUAGAAAAUUACGUCAUUUAUUGUAAGAUCAGUUCGUUAAAUAUGACGUCUUUUAUUGUAUGAUCAUUUUGUAAAUGCAUGAAUCAUUUUGAUUAAUUAUUUGAAUAUAUUUUAUGCAAGAAGAAAAUAGUGUGUGACGGCUUGAUUUUAAACCACCAUCUACUAUCGUCAGGUUUAUUUCAUUAUUAAAGAUUAAAAACAUAUUCAAUGCAUUUCUAAUGAUUAAUUUCUCUAUCAAAAUCGAAAAUUUAUCAGUAUUUUUUCAAUGUUAAGAUUUCCUUAUCUUUGAUGACAUCGAAAUGAUAUAAAAAGAUUUUCUAAAAAAAUAAAACUUCUUAAAUUUAUCAUUCUAAAGUUAACAAAGUUAAUCCACCUAUCAGACCAAGAUAGAACAACACACAAACAGUGUGAUUGUGGCAAAAGUUGCGUAUUCAAUUCAUUUAUCAUUUCUGAUUAAACUUUGGUGCCAUAUGAUAUGCUUUGGGUUUAUUAACGAGCGGUGCUAUCAGACAAAAAUAAAAUGAAGUAAAAAACAAAA